AUUAAUUCGUCCUUUUCCAUAUAUCCACUUUCAGCUGAAACAUUCUCUGAGAUUGAUGCCGAUGGUAAUGAAAUUGAAGUUAAGCGCUUUUUCAUUGAGGGACGUCAAUUGAACGGUGGUCGUCGGCAAUGCGUGGAGCGACGUCGACGCAAACGCUCUUUCAACUAUGGCCAAACAGUCGAAAACGAUGGCAUUGAGACAGCUUCCUACACCUUGCCAUCAGGUAUAGACACCGCAGUCUCCAUUGAUGAAGAUAACGAUAUCAAGGCUGACGAGCCCAUUGCUGUUGUUGGAGUACCCAUUGGUAAUGACAAAAAUACUAGACAACAGACAAAGCCCGUACAGAAUGUCAUUCCGACUGAAGAUGAGGAAAGCGAAGAAGAAGCCGUGCUCAGUUUGCCUGUUGUAGCACAAUUUACACACGCAAAUGGCGCUCAAUCAGCUGUGGGCGCCGCUUCUACUGGUGACAAUGGUAUCCUCAUUGUACAUGCGGACACUCCGCCUAAGGUUAAUCCCCAGACACAUGCAGUGUUUGAGCUGAGGCCCGUUGAGAAUGAUUACAUCGAUGGUGGAGAACUUACCGACGACGCAGACGAUGACUAUGAUGAGCUACUUUAUGAGGAAGAAGUUAGUCCAAUAAGCACCACAGGCAUUUGGUCAACUGGAGAUGAUAAUGCGCUACCUUAUAGCGGUGGUGAUGUUAACUACCCAGACGCUUUUGACGAGGGUGAGGUGGAAGGUGAUGGUGAGGAAUCUGCACCUGAGCCCCAAGGGCAGCCUGAGCCGGAAGCUGAGGCCGCACCUGCACCCCAACCUGCUCCUGAACCUGCACCCGAACCUGAGCCGAAACCUGAAUCAGUGGCUGAAGCUGCGGCAAAACCAAAACCUAAGCCUUCUAAGAGACCAUCGAAAAGACCUUCAAAAAGGCCAUCGAAGAGACCAUCGAAAAGACCAUCUCAAAGGCCUUCUCAACAACGUCCCAACAAGAGACCUCUUCGACCUUCAAGUCAAAAUACUUCUCUUCGUCGCCGGAAGCAAAAUCUAAAGAAUCGCGAUAUAAAAGAAAAUCAGUUGGAUAACUUACACAAUGUUGACAAAGGAACAAAUAGUUUUGAAGAAACCGAAACCUAUACCCGUACAGGCACACCUAACGAUGACAGAGAUGUCAAUUGCAUCAUCAUACACCAAAAAACUACGCCGCGACCAUUCUGGGGUCUGCUCGGGCGAAGUGCCGACGGUGAAGAAGAAGCCCCAAAGGAAAGCCCCUAUGGCAGGAGGAAGCGCAUAAACUUUAGUAUACCAGCUUAAGUUUUGAUGUUUGCAGUAUUUAAA